CAACCUGUAUUUAAGAAGGUUUGUGUCCGUGCUUUCUUCACACAUCCUUCUCGUCCACCAUCUCAACCUCUCUACCUUCGACCUCUAAAAGUCAACUUUGCCACCAUGACAGAGCUCACACAGGCAAUGGACCUCCUCAGGAAAAUCUUCGACAAGUACUCUGGAAAAGAAGGAGACAAAGACACUUUGACCAAGAAGGAACUUACUCGGCUGCUAUUCUGUGAGCUCCCUGUGCUGCCAACAAGCAAAGCUGAAUUUGAAGCUUACGCCAAGGAGCUGGAUGCAGACGGUGACGGUCUUGUCACUUUCACAGAAUAUGUCAAUUUUGUAACAGAACUCACUGUGAAGUAUUGCUGAGAAUAAAUCAUGUGGCCAUGUUGCCUC